AAUAGUAAUUAUAUUUUACUAACCGAAAUACCGAAAAAAACCGAACCGAACCGAAACCAACCCGAUAUUCGGAUUGAACACCCCUAAUCCAAAUGAAGCCAAACUAUUGUUUCAUUCUCCAAAAUAUAAUAAAAAGAAUAACUUAAUCCCGCGCAAGGCGCGGGUCUUAUCCUAGUAUAUUUAUAAUUUGUAAAUCAUCAAAAGUGGACCCGUUAUUAGGCAGUGAAUUGGACUUAUGUAACCUAACGCCAAAGACGACAUGGUAGACUCUUGUUCUUGUAUGCAUAUAGAGCUGCCGUAGUUAUUAAAAUCAACAGGCGUGUUAUUAUUACUUUGACCAACUAAUUAGAGAAAAUAAGAGGGUUGUUUCUUUUCCAAGAGGAAGAUUUAGAAUAUUAAUUUGAUCUAGAUCAAGUUGUUGGACCUGGUUUAGCUGAACCGGGAUUCUGAUUCUAUUAGCAUUUAGCAACAACUUGGGACGAUUAUUCACAUUCAAAGCUAAACCGAAUAUACCGGGAAUCAAGGUCAGCUCCUAACAAUGUAAAAAGUUUGACCGGUCAAACAUUUAGUAUGCUUCACCAGUCUUCGCAGAAGUUACAUAUGCGUGUGUGAUCAUAUGAAAUUUCUUCAUAUAUAUAAACAACACAGAGAGAUCAAUUCCAGAACACAUCGAUCUGCUUCUUGCUGCAACACACCACAACCUUAAUUAUCACUCAUCAUAUAUACUCAGAAAUGGAGAAGUCACUGGUCAAAACUCCAUUGAGAAAGCUAAGAAGAAGAGGAACGAAACGGUCCUGGAGAUUGAAGCAGAAGCUCAAGCUGACGUGGAAGUCUAUCAAGAUCCAGGUAAGGUCACAUCUACCUGGCGCCUUCUUGUCAACCAAGAAACGCCUCACGCCCGUGAAAUCAAGAAAUCAAGAACAAGAACUAGCUCAAGUGGCCAGGAAGAUCUGCAAAAUCACCAACGACUCCACCAGUUCGCUGGCGUUUCUUCUUCAGCUUCCGAAGUAUUCAGCAACUGAUUUUCUAGACCGCGGCGAUCUGAUGACUCCAGCUGCGUCUCCAAGGGAAAACAUAUCCAAAAUGUGGCGUGAGCUUCACGGUUCCAAGAACUGGGAGAAUAUUCUUGAUCCUCUACAUCCAUGGCUGAGAAGAGAAAUAACCAAAUAUGGAGAGUUCGUGGAAUCAGUCUAUGAUUCUCUCGAUUUCGAUCCUUUAUCUGAAUUCUGCGGAAGCUGUAGAUACAACAGGAACAAACUCUUUGAGGAGCUUGGUUUAACAAGACAUGGUUACAAGGUAACCAAAUACAUCUACGCCAUGUCUCAUGUGGAUGUCCCUCAGUGGUUCUUGAGCUCAUCUUUGGGAGAGACGUGGAGCAAAGACUCUAACUGGAUGGGCUUUGUCGCUGUGAGUGGAGACAGAGAGUCUUUGAGGAUCGGUCGGAGAGACAUUGUUGUGGCGUGGCGUGGCACUGUGACUCCUACUGAAUGGUUCAUGGAUCUUAGAACUAGUAAAGAGCCUUUCGAUUGUGAAAGUGAACAUGGCAAGAGGGUGGUGAAGGUGCAAAGCGGGUUCUUCAGCAUCUACAACUCCAAAAGCGAGCUCGCAAGGUACAAUAAAGAAAGUGCAUCUGAGCAGACAAUGGAGGAAGUGAAGCGGUUAGUUAAGUUUUUUAAGGAAAGAGGCGAAGAGGUGAGCUUAACCAUCACCGGUCAUAGCCUUGGAGGUGCAUUGGCGCUUAUGAACGCUUACGAGGCCGCUAGAGAUGUUCCGGAGUUAUCUGGUAACGUUUCUGUGAUCUCAUUUGGUGCGCCGAGAGUAGGUAACUUGGCAUUCAAGGAACGUCUAAACAGUUUAGGUGUUAAAGUCUUGCGUGUGGUGAACAAGCAAGACAUUGUCCCUAAGCUUCCUGGUAUCGUGUUCAACAAGGUUCUAAACAAACUCAACCCCAUAACUUCGAAGCUAAAUUGGGUCUACAGGCACGUCGGAACGCAGCUCAAGCUCGAUGUAUUCAGUUCUCCUUACGUAAAACGUGAUUCGGACUUAGCGGGAUCUCAUAACCUCGAGGUGUAUCUCCAUGUUUUAGAUGGCUUCCACCGCAAGAAAUCAGGGUUUAGGGUUAACGCCAGGAGAGACGUUGCGUCUGUGAACAAGAGUACAGAUAUGUUACUGGAUCAUCUAAGAAUACCUGAGUGUUGGUACCAAGUGGCACAUAAGGGUCUGAUUCUCAACAAGCAGACCGGCCGGUGGGUGAAGCCAGUCCGGGCCCCGGAAGACAUUCCCUCUCCUUUAUCGACCGGACCAAAACUUAUAUAUAGCUCGUGAGAUUAAAAUAAUAAUUAGAUUCCUUCCAUUCAUUCGUUUCAUAAAUCAUUUGUCUUUGUGAAUUUUGAUUACAAAAUUUCAAUUUGAUGUACAUAUAUCAAGUUGCGAAUGCAUAUGUGUUUAUAGUACAUUUUAUACUAGUUACAACAUCUAAAGGAAAACCGAACGUGUCAAAAUACAAUAGAUAAGAACUAAAACAUGUACAUCCUUUACACGAAGCUAAAACAAUUUUGUAUUUACUCUCCUGAAGAGAGCACACACCCUUCUCAAAAAAAAAUUGAAUAACCCAUAAACCGAUCUCUACAAAAAAAAUCCAAGGGUUUUAGCCAUUAGGCCAAAUUUUCGCUGGUUUUAAUCCCAUUUCAGUAGUUUGUGAGUUCUAUUCUUGGAAUGCGAACUUCACCCACAUCCUAGAGCCAGUUAUUGAUCACAAAAUUUGUUGAUCGGUAUUGCAAAUCCAUACAAUAGAAGUAAAAAAAAUCUUGUAGAUGAUCUACCUAUAGUUCUCAAUUCUUCUUCCCAGAAACUUUCAGUAAAUGAUCUCCAUUAUCGAUUACGCAGUUGAAAUUUCUGAACAACACCAAUAGUCCUCUAACACACUAAUAAAGAAAUCAAAACAUAUCCAGAAUCUCCCACAUGUAACUUGUUACUAAUUGUGCAUACAACAUAUAAUGUACCAAAAAAAAGAACAUUUUUUUGGUAAUCAGAACAUUUUUGUUUUGAACCAUAAUAAAAUGUUGUUUCUCUUAUUCAAUAUCUCAAGGUAACAACUAAAUCAACACAGUGUUCAUUCAAUAUUUACUGACUAUCUUCUAAUAAAAAUGUACAUCUUGCGAUCGAUUAUCUUUUCUAAAAACGAAACUUUGGUUGGUAGCCUUAAGAACCAAGUUUUGUAGAAUGAUUAAGUUUUUUUUUUGGUGUUAUUUUAUAUUAUAACAUGAAAACGUAAACUUGAAAUCUGAAAUAUCAAUCGGAAGCCGUUUUGAUAAUCAAUAGAAAUUGUUGUGAAUUUGGAAAUGUCUUUUCUAGAUAACCAUAUUUUCAUUCUUAUUGGACUUUUCAUGACAUUAGUAUCUGGAUGGUAUCAUUAAAAAUUUGUUUGUUUAUUAGAGUUUUAGAAGCAGAAUGUAAACAUGCAAAAUUCUUUAGAUUUAUUAUAAGAAUUUGCAUCAAUUUAUAACUAUUUUUUUAAUCAAUCAACAAAAAUUUGGAAGAAAACUUAAGCCAAAAUUUCAACUUCCAAAACAAACUUUGUUUGUUAAUGGAAUGCAUAAGAUUCAUUUUAACUUUUCAUUGAAGACCUAAACAAUAUAGUAAUACUAUUUUUAAUUCGAUAUAACUACGAAUUAUCUAUAUAUCUAUAAUAAUAAAUGAGACUUCUUUUCCUUUUCAUGAUGACACCUCAUCAUUUUACAUAGGGCAAUUUGCGACACUUUGCAACUUCUGUUUUCAAUUGAGUUAGCAAUAUUUGCUUAUGGAUUUGGGCUGAUAUAGACUUUACAAAAGCCGAGACUAAAGAUUACCAUCUUCUCACCGGCCACCGUCUCCUUGUCUUGCUGCCCCUUCCUUUCCUCUACUCCAAGAAGCUUAUACUAUAACGCAUUCGUAUGCAUUGAUGCUAUCUAAUUAAGUCCCAUAAUUAUGGUUUCAUUGCCACUCCUCCCACUAAGUCUCAUUAAAUAAUAUGUAUGUAACUAACCUUUUUUUAGCUUGCCUGAUAUUGAUCUCCUAUAAAUAGACAUGAAAAACUUACUUAUUUUCAUCGCUUACACUUUCAAGCACUUCCGUAAGGAGAGAUAAUUGUACGAGUUAAGCGGGUUCAAACCACCACUUCAAGCUCCACCAUCGCCAUCCUCUGCACCGAGUUUGUUGAAAUCACCGCUGAUGUUCGUCCAAUACCCACACAUAUGUUCAGUUUCUGCAGCCACGACCAAUUCAUGUUGUUGGCAAACACAAACAUCGACUUUCCAGGUUAUGCUUGGGCAUAUAUAUAAUUUAUUUCAUCAGUCUUCUUAAUCCCUCAUCGUCUCGAGGAGAAGAGAAGAUUUAGAAAAAUCAAUCCCAAGGAAAGGCUCUCAAUUCUAAAGCCUUGAAGCCUUUUCUCCAACUCUCUUCACUCUGUCUCAGUUCUAAAGCCCUCACUUCAAGUGUAAGCAGUCAUAUCUCACUGUUCUUUAUACUUACUGGAAAGGUGAAUUGCUUACAGAUCUUCGAUUUCACUGUGAUUUAUCAUAUAUUCUGUCUUAAGAUGAUGAACGUACUGCAACUUCAAUAUCAAAAACGCCGACUCUUCUUUUUCUAUGCAUGUGGUGUGUUGAAGAUGAUAAGGCUUCCAAAUACCCAGGAAAAUCUCUAAUAUUAAGAUUAUUCAUGUCUUUCUUGAUUUUAAUUUCAAGAAAGAUAGUGAAUUUACAAAAUCUUCACUGGUUAUGGUUGUUAAUGAUUACUGAGACAUCAACUCUCUGAUUUUAUCUCCUAUAUAUGCCAUGUUCUGCUGGCCGAAAUUUCCUUGGAAGCUGGUUUAUUUAGAAUAAGUUAUUCUGAGGAGCUUGACCUCUGCAAAACGUUCCCUGCCUUGGACGCCAGGUAUAUGUUUGUAAGUUCACUACAAGAAUAAAUGGAUAUUGUGACAAUGUUUUUAGUCACAAUAUACAUAUAAUUUGUCACAAAUUAUCUAUUGUGACCAAUAUGUGAUGGUUUCUAAAAGGUCACAAUAAAGUCGUCACAAAUUCAACUUAGUCAUAAAAAUGUCACAACUAUAGAGACCAUUACAAUAGUAUCAGUUUUGUUACAAACUGUUACUAGAUAAAGUAGUCACAAAACUGACACAAAGUGUUACGGAUAAAUACGUUAGUAAGUACGACACAAUCUGUGACAAUAUUUUUUGUCACACAUCUGUUACAUUUUGUAACUAAGUAGGCACUUUGUAUUUGUGGCAAUUAACAAAUACUUACCAAAUAAAUUAUGGUUAUUGCGUGACUUUUAUAUGUUUUAAUUCUAUUUAUAAAACUAAUCAGUUUAAAUAAAUUAAAUAAAAGCUAAUUCAUGUUAAAAGAAAAUUAAAUUAAAAUAAAAAGAAAUUUAUAAUUAGAAUAUAUUUUAUUGACAACCCGAACUUCAUAUGGGUUAACUGGUUACAAAAAUUAAGCUGGUAUUAGAAACCAAUUAUGAUACAGACCAAAGCAAAGCAAAUUAGGGUAAACUGGUCUCCUACACCACCACCUCCUUUGCCUCCGUCAAAGGACUCAAACCACAGCAACCAAGCGAGAUUCUUAUACUCCUGGUCUCCUACACCACUACCUCCUUCUCCUUCCGCCCUUGUCUACACCUCCGCCAUCAUCAUUGGCUGUUCAUAUAUCAGCAACAGCGGCAACUCUGAUUUUCUGUCCUUCAUUAUCAGCUUGCGUCUGUUUUAGUUUCAACAUCAAUGAAUUUUUCUUCCAUUACAGUGUAAUAAUUGGCCGCUGCCGCUGAUCGCGGCGUCUUUAAAACGAACAGGGCUAGUCUCUUAGAAAGGAAAUUGCAGAUAUUGGUUUGGUAUAUAUAAGGUUCAUAAUGUUUUUUUAUUCAAGAAACUGACCUACCAAACCUUCCUUGGAAGCGUUAGUCAUAUAAAGCCUAAGAUUAUAUCCACUGCACCUCUCUUUGGAAUGAGUCUCAAAGGAUGUAAGCUGGGAGUUUUUAUGAGAAGACAAUCCUUGCAGAUACUGGUGGUACACAGGAAAUCUAACCACCUUAACAUUCAUUUUCCUGAAAAAAUUCUUUCACUCUUUUCCACACAGACAAUUGACUUCCUAUGAACCAGUAAAGUUGAGGCCAUCAAAACUAUCGAUGGGUGGUGCUAAAUUUCAUGUCCCAAAUGUUCCAAAAUACUGCAGCCUCAGAUAUGAUCCUUUAGUUGCACAACAUGUUGUGGUACCACCGCCGUUGGUGUCGCCAGGUAACACUUUACCAUUAUUGCAUUCAUGUUCAGUAAAGCUCCUAUCAAGUGAUGUCAUCGGGCUAACCAUAUGUCCGCCACUCAAAAAUGUUUAUGUGUUCUUCGUAACGGCCGAGAUGGAUGUCGAUGAUGGGACAAAGUCAGCCGUGUGACACCUUCGUGUGUUAACCAAAUAAGAAUUCCCACCUUCUCACUCUUCUUAACCAACUUUAGACAUGCUAAAUUUGACAUGUAUGCCUAUAUUAAAGCUUCCGUGAUAUGGUGACAGCCAGACAUGGUAUAUACUAGGAGCUAAGCUUCAAACAACCACCUAAAACAUGAGAUAUGUGUAACUUCUAAUCGAAACAGUUACACAUGUCUGCCUAUGAAAUGUUGAAACACCACUGGACUUCUUCACCUGGCGUGCAAGACUGUGGUGGAUAUGAUGAAAGGAAAGACUCGAGAAGGGAUGUGCACACACUUCAACAUCAAGAACGACUACCUGAGGAAGAAUCUGAGGUUUGCAAGGAGAAUGCGUGAGCCUUCGAUUGACGUUUGCUCCCUGGUGGUUUAGGAUAGUCUUCUAUUAGAUUUUGUCAUAUGUAUACGAACACCUAAUGCUUUGUUCUAUUAACAAGUUCUGUUAGUUUUUAUCAUAAAGUUGGGUCUUUGUGCUAUCUUUUGAUCUAUAGUUGGUCGCUAUCAUCAUCGUUUGAUCUAACUCUGUACAUACCUUCACACCAAAAAAACUCUCUACUUACCAGUAGACCAUGUUAUUGAUCCAAACGCAUGUUCCGAGGUGUGGAUGUUGAU